AGGUUAGCUAGCUGGUUGGCUAGCUGAAGUUAGCCUGUUAAAUUCCAUUUAGGCAAGUUUACUGUCAACAAAUGUGACGCUAACUCUAGCUAAGCUACAUACCCCAGAACUCAAGGAUACUAUUAUUGCAGACUGCAGAAAAACAGACGUAUGGAAGAUACUGAUACUGGACAACUUCACCACCUGUCUCCUGUCCUCGUGCUGCAACAUGACUGACCUGAUGAAUGAAGGGAUCACAAUUGUGGAGGACCUGUUUAAAAGCAGGGAGCCUGUGUUGGAGAUGAAGGCCAUCUAUUUCAUGUCUCCUAAUGAAAAGUGCGUGGAUGCGUUCAUCAAUGACUUCAAGCUCAAGCCCAAGUACAAAGCUGCAUAUGUCUACUUUACCGACUAUUGUCCAGAUGAGCUGUUCAACAGAAUUAAACUAUGUGCAAAGUACAUCAAAGUGUGCAAAGAGAUCAACAUAUCCUUUCUUCCACUUGAAGCACAAGUGUUUACCUGCAACAAUCCAGCGGCCUUCAGUAGCAUCUACAGUCCUCAUAGUCAGGACCGAAACCAAACUCUAGAAGCCCUUGCAGAUCAGAUAGUCACAUUGUGUGCCACUCUGGAUGAGUACCCUGGGGUCAGAUACAAGAAAGAUUCAUCGAAGGAUUAUGCUAAAUUUCUGGCUGAACUAGUGGACAAAAAACUGGAACGACAUUACAGGCUCGACGACGACAACAAAAAAAAGGAAAAGACGUCAGCACAGUUAAUCAUCGUUGACCGUGGCUUCGACCCCGUGAGCCCAAUACUACAUGAGUUGACCUACCAGGCCAUGGCUUAUGACCUCAUGGACAUCAAGAAUGACACUUAUAAGUACAAAGGGAAGGACGGCUCACAGAAGGAAGCAUUGCUGAACGAAGCUGACGAGCUGUGGGUCAAACUCCGGCACAUGCACAUCGCUGAGGUCACCGAACAAAUCCCGAAGCUGGUGAAGGAGAUCUCAGCCAGCAGGAAGCAGUCGGACACAAAGAUGUCGAUAGGAGUCCUUGCCCAGCUGAUGAAACAGAUGCCUACUUUCCGGAAGCAGGUUGCCCAGAAAACGAUCCACCUGUCACUGGCCGAGGACUGCAUGACCAAGUUUCAGGAGUCGGUGGAGAAGCUGUGCAAAGCAGAGCAGGACCUUGCCAUGGGCUUGGACGUGGAGGGGCAGAAGGUGAGGGACCCCAUGCGGACGCUGCUGCCCAUCCUCCUGAACCCACACAGCACCCCCGAUAAGAUCCGUGCUGUCCUCCUCUAUAUCUUCAGCCUUAACGGCACGACAGAGGAGAACCUUACUAAGCUCAUUCAGCACGUGAAGAUCGAGAACGAGAGUGAAUACAUCACAAACUGGAAAGAACUGGGCGUGCCCAUCAUUGCCUCGAUGAGUUUGUUCUCGUCUCGAAAGUCCUCCCGAAGGGACCGCUCCCAGGAGGAGAUGUACAACCUCUCGCGUUGGACACCCAUCAUCAAGGAUGUGAUGGAGGAUGUGGUGGGGAAUAAGUUGGACACGAGUGUGUGGCCUCACCAAUCUGAGUGCCCCUCCGCCUGGAAUGGGUCCCGUGCUGUGAGCGCAAGGCAGAAACCGAAGCCCAGUUCUCUGGAUGACUAUCGCAGUGGUUUACGCCUCAUCAUCUUCAUCCUGGGUGGAGUCUGCUAUUCUGAAAUGCGUUGCGCUUAUGAGGUCACGCAGGCCACCAAAACCUGUGAAGUCAUCGUCGGUUCCUCUCACAUCUUGACCCCAGCCAGUCUACUGGAAGACAUUCGUGACCUCAGCAAAAUGCCCAUGCAGAGCUUCACGAUAGAAGAGGAGACAUCCUGAGUAGGCUGAUUUCUCUCCUGACCACACUGGGAGGUCCCAGCUCUCUCUACUGUUCUCCUGCAGACCUCCCCUCCUCCUUCUCCCCCCACCCCACCCCACCCCACCCCCCGGGCGCGCAGCACUAAACCGCUGGUAAGCAGAGACGAAGGAAACUCGUGUAUAUGCAGAUAGACCUCAUGCAACCCUUCUGCCACACACAGCCCUGUUACCUGGCCCAGGCAUAUCAGUGUCUGGGGACUGGCUGGGGACCCCUCUGUACUGGACCCAUCCAUUAAGACGACCUCACACUGCUUUACCCAACAGCAUUCCUUACAGCUCAGCAUGCCAAGAACAAGAAAUAAAAAGAUUUUAUUAGCACAUUUAUUGUUUUAAGAAUGUAUUUCACCAGCAUUUUUAUUAGUGAAUAUCAGCAGUUCAAACAUUCUGUACUCAUGUGGAUGCUUGCGUUGACACGGUUUGACGGUAAAAGGUCCAUUAGAUCCUUUUGUGUCAUGAGAGAGUUGUGAUUGCUCACAUGUUUUGGGGCACAGUUACAGAGUAAAAUGCUUUUAUAUUAGUGAUAGCUUUGGCUAACUGGUUUUCUAAAGUAACCAUUUUUCUCACCAUAUAGAUAUGUAUACAUCACACAAAAUACAGUAUUUAGUGUUGGAAUCAGCAUUUCUCUUUCUGAAACUGAAAUGUUUUUUUGUGAGUACUUAACUUUGGGUGUGCUGUGCAGUUUGGCUGUAUUGGGUCACACUGAAUACACCAGAAGAUAUGUUACUUACUUUGUUCCCAACACACCUGGCUCUAAUAUUCCAAUGCUACUGAAGGCCUUAAUUAACUGGAUCAGGUGUGUUAGAUAAGUGUUUAUCUAUAUUUAAGUUUGUCACUUAUUUGUUUGAAUAAACUGUAUGGCGGUAGGUAUCCAUAACCCUGAUCUGGAGUCUCUUAGAUUUAACAUCAAUGCUUAAUGUCACUUAACAUCCAUCUUUAGGUUUUUCACAAAAUGUUCCUUAUUUGAAUUAAGAUGAAGUGCCUGGGAAAUGUACAUAUGUAUUAACUGCCUGCUAGAAAUAACAUUUUUUGCUUCUUUUGCAGUUUUUGAAUUUUUAAAAUAUAAUUAAUUAUUUACAUAACCAUCCUAUUGAACAACUGACAAAUAAAUGAAUUAUGUGGAUCACCUGC